AUGGAAUUUCACAAAUUGUUUCUUCAAUCUUUUCUUCUUCUUCUUGUAAUCCUGCACUUCACAGUUUCUUCUUCCAAAGACACCAUAACCAUAAACCAAAUCAUUCAAGAUGGUAACCUUCUGAUCUCUAGAGAAAAUAAUUUUGCAUUAGGAUUCUUUAGUCCGGGAAGUUCCAGGUAUAGAUAUCUUGGAAUCUGGUACCAUAAAGUCCGAGAGCAAACUGUGGUGUGGGUAGCAAAUGGGAAUGAUCCAAUCACUGGUACCUCAGGAGUUCUAUCAAUGGACCUCUAUGGAAAUCUCAUUCUCUAUAGCAACCAUGACCAGAAAGUUCCAGUAUGGUCUACAAAUGUGUCAGUGGAUGUUACUGAUACUUGUGUAGCUCAGCUCUUGGAUACAGGAAAUUUGAUUUUGGUUCACGACACAAGUAAAAGAGUUGUGUGGCAGAGCUUUGAUCAUCUUACAGAUACUGUGCUACCAGGAAUGAAACUUGGGUUCAACCGAAGGACAGGCAUGCAACACAUCAUGAAAUCAUGGAGAUCAGCAGAUGACCCUGGAACUGGAAACUUCUCGUUUCAGAUCAACCCCAAAGGAUCCCCUCAGGCCUUUCUUUUCGUGGGUACAGAAUACAUUUGGCGAGGCUUUACUUGGCCCUUGAAAAGAUAUGCAAAUGCAUCUAAUGUCAGUUUUGUCAACAAUGAUGAUGAGAUAUACCUGGCCUACUAUAUUUCUGAUGCUUCUCUUAUCGCAAGAGUAAAGUUGUACAAUUCAGGACUUCUUAAGAAACUAAUAUGGCAUGAAAAAGAUGGCAAAUGGAAGGAAUUUUGGUCGGCACCUAUGUCUCUGUGUGAUCCUUAUGGGUAUUGUGGCACCUAUGGAAUUUGUAAUCCUCAUGACCAUGGUCUUGUAUUUGAAUGCGAUUGUUUGCCAGGGUAUGAACCCAGGUUCCCGAGGGACUGGAAUAUUCUGAAAGAUGCAUCAGGUGGGUGUGUCAGGAAGCGGCUAGAGUCUACCUCAGUAUGUGGACAUGGAGAAGGAUUUGUGGAAGUGGCACAUGUUAAAGUACCUGAUACUUCUGCAGCAGUUUGGGUGAGCAUGAACAUGAGUCCGAAAGACUGUGAAGAGGAAUGCAGGAGGAAUUGUUCAUGCUCUGCAUAUGCAAGCAUAGAAAUUGCCAGGAAAGGGACUGGUUGUUUGACAUGGUAUGGCGAAUUGAUGGACACUGUAAAUAAUAAGGAAGAAGGAUAUGAUAUUCAUGUUCGUGUUGAUGCAGUUGAAUUAGGUAAUGUAUAUAUGCUGGCCAUAUUAGUAGUAUCAGGUGUUUCAGCCUGGCUUGUCAUUAUCAUAUUGGCAUAUUUGUGGCUGAAGAAGAGGAAGAGGGUGAGGAGCAAAUGGAACAAAAGAUGGCUUGAUACAAAUAGCAAAGCAUACUACAAGGGUACGUUGGUGGAAAAUGAAGUUGAAGGAAGCACCAGUCAUCCAGACAUACUUCAGCACAAGAACCUGGUGAAACUCGUAGGAUGUUGCAUUCAGGGAGAGGAACCUAUCCUAGUUUAUGAAUACUUGCCAAACAAAAGCUUGGACUCCUUUAUUUUUGAUGAAACAAGAAGGUUGGUUUUAGAUUGGCAAAAACGCUUUGAUAUUAUCGUUGGGAUUGCUCGUGGACUCUUAUAUAUUCACCAAGACUCCAGGUUGGGAAUUAUCCAUAGAGAUCUAAAAACUAGCAACAUUCUAUUGGAUGAAGAAAUGAACCCAAAAAUUUCAGAUUUUGGCCUGGCUAGAAUCUUCAAAAGCAACCAAAUUCAAGAAAAGACAAACAGAAUAGCUGGAACAUUUGGAUAUAUGCCUCCAGAAUAUGCAGUGUUUGGAAAGUUUUCAACAAAAUCUGAUGUCUUUAGCUUUGGAAUCAUAUUAUUAGAGAUCAUUACAGGGAAGAAGAAUAAUAGCUUUUGUCAAGAGGAUUCUUACCUAAGCAUGACUGGGGAAAUAUGGCAUUUAUGGAGAGAAGGGAGAGCCUUGGAGAUAGUUGAUUCAUCAAUGAAGGAGACUUCUUCUCCUGAUGAAGUACUUAGAUGCAUCCAGAUAGGGCUCUUAUGUGUGCAAGAAGAUGUAUUGGACAGACCAACAAUGUCGGCAGUCGUUUUAAUGUUAAAUAGUGAAACUACUCUUCCUACUCCUAAACAGCCUGCAUUCGUUCUUAGAAAGUCUAAUAACAAUUCUAAUCGAUCAGCAAAAAAAGAUAGAUUUUGUUCUGUGGAUGAGGAAACAAUUACAGAGGUUGUAUAUCUUGGAAUCUGGUACCACAAAGUCCGAGUGCAAAAUGUGGUUUCGGUAGCAAAUAGGAACCAUCCAAUAAGCGGCUAUUCAGGAGUUCUCUUCAUUAAUCAACAUGGCAAUCUUAUUCUCUAUAGCAAUAAUAGCCAGAUAGUUCCUGUAUGGUCUACAAAUGUCUCUGUGAAAGUUGCAAAUACUUGUUUAGCUCAGCUCUUGGAUUCAGGAAACUUGAUUUGGGUUCAAGAUAGAAGUAAAAGAAUUGUGUGGCAAAGCUUUGAUUAUCCGACUGAUGCUCUGCUUCCUGAUAUGAAAAAAUCUACAUUCAGUCAAGAAGAUCAUAGAAACAUUAUGUAUUUUCACAAACUGUUUCUUCAAUCUUUUCUUCUUCUUCUUAUCCUGCACUUCAUAGUUUCUUCUUCCAAAGAUACCAUAACCAUAAACCAAGUCAUUCAAGAUGGUAACCUUAUGAUCUCUAGAGAAAAUAACUUUGCAUUGGGAUUCUUUAGUCCCGGAAGUUCCAGAUAUAGAUAUCUUGCAAUCUGGUACCAUAAAGUCCAAGAGCAAACCGUGUUGUGGGUAGCAAAUAGGAAUGAUCCAAUCAAUGGUACCACAGGAGUUCUAUCAAUGGACCACUAUGGAAAUCUCAUUCUCUACAGAAACCAUGACCGGAAAGUUUCGGUAUGGUCUACAAAUGUGUCAGUGGAGGUUACAGAUACUUGUGUAGCUCAGCUCUUGGAUACGGGAAAUUUGAUUUUGGUUCACAAUAAAAGUAAAAGAGUUGUGUGGCAGAGCUUUGAUCAUCCUACAGAUACUGUGCUACCUGGAAUGAAACUUGGGUUCAACCGAAGGACAGGUAUACAACACAUCCCGAUAUCAUGGAGAUCAGCAGAUGACCCUGGAACUGGAAACUUCUCAUUUCGAAUCAACCCAAAAGGAUCACCGCAGGCCUUUCUUUACAGGGAUACAGAAUAUAUUUGGCGAGGCUAUACUUGGCCAUUGAAAAGUUAUGCAGAUACAUCUAAUGUCAGUUUUGUCAACAAUGAUGAAGAGAUAUACCUGGCCUACUAUAUUUCUGAUCCUUCGGCUAUCGUUAGAACAAAGUUGUACAAUUCAGGACAUGUUAAGAAAUUAGCAUGGCAUGAAAAAGAUGGCAAAUGGAAGGAAUUUUGGUCGCUACCUAUGUCUCUGUGUUACAGAUAUGGAUAUUGUGGCACCUAUGGAAUUUGUGAUCUUCAAGACCAAACUAGUCGAGAAUUUGAAUGUGAUUGUUUACCAGGGUAUGAACCGAAGUUCCCAAGGGACUGGAAUAUUCUGAAAGAUGCAUCAGGUGGUUGCGUCAGGAAGCGGCUAGAGUCUACCUCAGUAUGUGGACAAGGAGAAGGAUUUGUGAAAGUGGCACAUGUUAAAAUACCUGAUACUUCUGCAGCAGUUUGGGUAAGCAUGAACAUGAGUCCGAAAGACUGUGAAAAGGAAUGCAGGAGGAAUUGUUCAUGCUCUGCAUAUGCAAGCAUAGAAAUUGCCAGGCAAGGAACUGGUUGUUUGACAUGGUGUGGCGAAUUGAUGGACACUGUACAAAAAGAAGAAGGAUAUGAUAUUCAUGUUCGUGUUGAUGCAGUUGAGUUAGCUGAAAUGGCCCAAAAAUCAAAUGAUUUUCUUAAAAGGAAAGAUAUGUUGGCCAUUUUAGUAACAUCAGGUUUUUCAGCUUGGCUUGUCAUCGUCAUAUUGGCUUAUUUGUGGCUUAAGAAGAAGAAGAAAAGGGUGAGGAACAAAUGGAACAAAAGAUGGCUUGAAACAAAUAGCAAUUCAUACUACAAGGAAACUUUGGUGGGAAAUGAAGUUGAAGGUAGCAUCAGUUAUCCAGACAUUGCAUUUUUCAAUCUCAGCACAAUACUUGCUGCAACUAACAAUUUCUCCCCAGAUAACAAAUUAGGACAAGGUGGUUUUGGUGUGGUUUAUAAGGGUAAAUUUUCUAAUGGAAAGGAGGUCGCUGUGAAAAGACUAUUGAAUAAUUCAGUGCAAGGAAUGGAAGAAUUUAAAAAUGAAGUUAUGUUGACUGCAAAACUUCAGCACAAGAAUCUUGUGAAACUCAUAGGAUGUUGCAUUCAGGGAGAAGAACCUAUCCUAGUUUAUGAAUACUUACCAAACAAAAGCUUGGACUCCUUUAUUUUUGAUGAGACAAGAAGGUUGGUUUUAGAUUGGCAAAAACGCUUUGAUAUUAUUGUUGGGAUUGCCCUUGGACUCGUAUAUAUUCACCAAGACUCCGGGUUGGGAAUUAUCCAUAGAGACUUGAAAACUAGCAACAUUCUAUUGGACGAAGGAAUGAACCCAAAAAUUUCAGAUUUUGGCCUCGCUAGAAUCUUCAAAAGCAGCCAAAUUCAGGAAAAGACCAACAGAAUUGCUGGAACAUUUGGAUACAUGCCUCCAGAAUAUGCAGUAUUUGGAAAGUUUUCAACAAAAUCUGAUGUCUUUAGUUUUGGAAUAAUAUUGUUAGAGAUUAUUACAGGGAAGAAGAGUAAUAGCUUUUGCCAAGAGGAUUCUUACCUAAGCAUGACUGGGGAAAUAUGGCAUUUAUGGAGAGAAGGGAGAGCCUUGGAGAUAGUUGGUUCAUCAUUGAAGGAGUCUUGUUCUCCAAAUGAAGUAUUGAGAUGCAUCCAGAUAGGGCUCUUAUGUGUGCAGGAAAAUGUAUUGAUCAGACCAACAAUGUCAGCAGUUGUUUUAAUGCUGAAUGGUGAAACUACUCUUCCUACUUCAAAACAGCCUGCAUUCAUUUUUAGAAAGUCUAAUAAUAUCUCUAACCCAUCAGCAGAAAGAGAUGGAUUUUUAUCUGUGGAUGAGGAAACAAUUACAGAGGUUGUAUGUCGCUGAAUACAUUAUCUUUCAUUGAUUAUACAUAAAUUUUUAGUAUAGGGAUGUAUAAUAUGCUCUUUACCUCGAGAAUAAACAAAAAUAUGUUGUGGAACCUUAAUAUUCUGUAAAAUAAUCACCAAUAUAGCUUUGAGAUUA